AUGUCGUUCGCCGCUCCUGCGUUAAACAAUUCUGGGUUCUCUACUCCAUCGUCAGUCCCCUCAGGGCGUGGGCGACGACAGACUCAACCUGGCCGUGGUCCUUGGGCUGAUGGUCCUCUGCCUUUACUGGAGACUCCUUCGCUGACAUUGGAUAUAACGCAUCCAGUCCUUCACGUCGCAAACGAGGUGUGCCAGGGACACAAUGCCGCACUGCGCGGACUGAACGCGAUAUUCCUUCAGGCCCCCCAUGUCUCGGCAGCCAACGACGUCGCCGACCUCCUCUUUCUGACCAAAUCCUGGGCUGGAUGGGUCUUGGGGCAGCAUGUUCAGCGGCAAACACGACUGUUUCCGCAAUUCGAAGAAACAUUGGGAAAGCCUGGGUCCAUUACCUCUCUGUACACGGAAGAGUUGAACUUCGAACCAGCACUUCACCAUUUGCUGGACUAUUCAGAACAUACUCAUUCGAGACCUGCAGCGUACGACUCUUCGAACUUCCUUCUGCUCAUCAAAGGCGUCGGUAAUGCAUUCAGGGCCUAUGUGGAGGCUCAGACAUCUAUACUGGUAGAUCUACAAUCCCUCUGCGGCCAAUCUGGAUCGUUUGAGGCAGAGACGCGGAGUGCAAAGAUCUUGCAGCUAUACCUAUCAUCUGAGGCAGAUAUCAAGGACCACUCAGAUCCGUUCAUAGUCCCCCCGAUGACGGUUCGCAUGCGCGACACGACCUACGAAGGUGGUAACAACUGGCCAGGCUUGUCUGUGUUGGCUGUCCACGCUAUUGCUGACAAACUGUCGCCUGCACACGCCGGUGCAUGGAGGUUUCUCCCAUGUGAUGUUUGGGGGAAGCCCCGUGGGCUUCCGUUCUUGGGGCAAGACGCAGGCAAGGCUGAUGGCUUCCAGAAAGUCUUGCCGGCAGUGACGCCAAUCUCAGGGGCGUCGACGGAAAACCUCGUGUAUAUGCGGUAG